CCCCCGAUCUCCUGCUUGGUCACCUUAACGCACCGCUUUCUGUUGGCGAUCGCCUCGGGCACUCGCUCCGGGAGGUCCGUGAACGCGGAGCGCAGAGUUUGGGGUCCGUUGUUGGAGUUGGUGUUAUUGUUGUCCAGAUAGAAAAUGGACUCAGCCAGUAGUUUCCUGUCUGAAGAUCAGUUCCUGUGCUCCGUCUGCCUAGAUGUUUUCAACGAGCCUGUUUCUAUUCCAUGUGGACACAACUUCUGCAAGACAUGUAUCACCAAACACUGGGAAGGCAAAAACCAGUGUCACUGUCCACUGUGCAACAAGAAGUUCAACAAAGGGCUCAAACUUUGUGUCAACACAGGAUUCAGGGAGGUUGUGCAGAAUUUCAAGAAGCAUUGUGUCAUAUCUACAACUAAUGUCCCUGUUAAACCAGGGGAGGUGCCAUGUGACUUCUGCCUUGGCAUCAAGUUCAAAGCCUACAAAACAUGUUUGGUUUGUUUGGCCUCUUAUUGUGAAACACACCUGGAGCCUCAUCAGAGAGUUGCUGCCUUAAAUAGACACAAACUGACUGAUCCUGUGCAGAACCUGGAGAACAAGAUUUGCAAGAAACAUAAUUGGAUUUUAGAGCUCUUCUGCAGGAAUGACCUGACUCGGGUUUGUGUCCUGUGUACAGAACAUAGCACUCAUGAUACAGUUCCAUUAAAGGAGGAGUAUGAAAAGAAGAAGGCUCAGCUGGAGCAGAAAAAGGUGGAAGUACAGGUGAUGAUACAAGAGCGGCAAAAGAAGGUUCAGGAGAUAAAAGAAGUAGUGGACACCAAGAGGAAUGACAAAGAUGAAGCACUAGCAAAUACUGUUCAGGUCUUCAGUACUUUGGUAGCCUCGGUUCAAAGCAGCAUGGCUGGGCUGAUGAGUGUGAUUGAAGAGAGACAGCAAGCAGCAGAAAGACAGGCUGAGGUGCUGGUCAAAGAGCUGGAGAGGGAAAUCAAUGAGCUCCAGAGGAGCGACACUAAGCUGGAGCAGAUCUCACGCACUGAAGACCACCUUCAGUUCAUCAAGAGCUUCCUGUCCUCCUCCUCCUCCUUUCCACACACCAAGAACUGGUCUGACAUCGGUAUCAGUGGUCAGCACUGUGUGGAGGACCUGAAGAGAGCUAUGGUGAAGCUGGAUGUGACGCUCACCAAAGAGACAGAGCGUGCUACUCAAGAAUUCAGGGCGUGCUGUGGUAAAAUCCUUGCUGAAGAAACUGACACAGUGAAGAAAGCUGCACUAACAGUCACAGAUCUAGAGACUCUACCUAAAGGUGUCAAGUUGGACGCAAUCCGGCAGCAGUAUGCAGUGGACAUGACCUUUGACCCAUGCACUGCAAACGAUCUGCUCCUGUUUUCAGAGGAUUUAAAACAAGUGCGCACUUCUCACCUUUGGUGGUUUGCAGAUGAAGUCCCACACAAAUUUAACAGAUAUGCCUACGUCCUGGGAAAAAAGGGAUUUUCUGAAGGGAGAUUCUACUUUGAGGUUGAGGCCACAAGGAAGACUGGCUGGGAUUUAGGAGUAGUCAGAGAGUCAACGCGUGGAAAGAAGGCACCCACACCAAACCCCAGGAAUGGAGUCUGGAUCAUUAGAUUGAGGAACAACACCAAAUGCACGGCUUUAAAUAACACUAUUGUCAACCUCUCCUUGAGAAAGAAACCUGAGAGGAUCGGGGUGUUUGUAGAUUAUGAGAAGAGGCUGGUCUCCUUCUAUGACGUGAAUACUGCAUCUGUGAUCUACUCUUUCACUGGCUGCAUAUUCAAUGAGAAAAUCUUCCCAUUCUUUAGCCCCGGCCCCCCUGAGGAUGGUAUAAACUGUGCCCCCCUGGUCCUCUCACCUGCCAAAGACUCAACCACGUGGGAAAAAUUUUCAGAGUCUGUAGGCCUGAUUAUUACUCUCAUUGCUCUGGUUUUGAUGUGGAUGUAAAAAAAUACAUCUUCUUUUUUUUUUUUUUUUACAAGGUCUAGAGUUGAAACAGAUUUUGAUUAAAUCUAAAUCCAAUAAAAUCUGAUUAUGAUUAAGGUCAGUUCUUGGAUAUUUUAGAAAAACAACACCAUGCAUACUAGUAUACAGACCCGCAGACGACCUGCAGACUUAGCUCAGUUUACUGGAAAUAAUUACUUACUUCCUCAGUAAAUUAUUUUUGGUAUUUGUUGUAUACAAUGUUACAUGUUUUUUUCCAUACAUUUAGAGUGUAUUUUUGUAAUUAUACUAAUCAUGCUCAUUUGACAAAAGUCUUUUUAAAAAAAAAAGAGUUCAACUAAAAAGGUGUUUUACAACAUCUUAAAAAGCUUUAUGCAGUGGUGGAUGUACUUAUAGAGACAGAGAGGGUUUAAACCAGUGACCCCUUCCAGUUACAAACUCUGUCUGCUGCUUAAUUAUGUGUAACAAAAUGGCAAUAUAUCAUAUACACCAAGUCUAUAAAUCACAAUACAUGUUUUGGAAGUUGUUAUUAUGACUUUGCAUGCUUGCUUUGUCAUUUGCUCUUGAAUUUUCUGUUUGAUACGCAAAAUGAAUUUACAUAAAGUUUUGCUUCUCAAUGAAACAUGA